ACAUCUGCGGCUGCGUCUAUCACAGCAGAGCACGGGCAGUAUACCGAAUAAGCGUUCAGCGGUAAAAUCGAGGCCAGGGUAACGUUAUCAGCUCACAAUCAAGCCCUCUUCAUUCAUUGUGAAGCUUUCUUCAUAAAAAUCUACAAUGGCCGUGCCAACCGGGUCUACCUUAUCCGGUGCUGAUGAGCUUCGAUUAUUUGGUCGAAGUGGCGUCAAACAUCUGAUCUUAGACGACAAUGAUUUUGAAUCAGUAUUGGAAAAGGCUCGUUCCACUAUCAUCUCGACCAUCGACGCGUCGAAUUCAGAAUUGCGUAAGAUUAACAGAGCUCUUCACUCAAAUCCCGAAACCGCUUACGAAGAACACUUCGCCCACGAAACCAUCACGACAUAUCUGGCAUCGCUUGAUUUCAACGUUCAUAAGCACACUUAUGGACUCAAGACCAGUUUUGAGGCCGAGUUUGGAUCGGGAGGUCGCCUCGUCAUUAUCUGCGCGGAGUAUGAUGCACUACCUCAAAUCGGCCACGCAUGUGGGCACAAUCUGAUUGCUACAUCCUCGAUUGCGACAUUUAUCGCCACUGCCGAAGCACUGAGGGAACAUGGCAUCGAAGGCCGUGUGCGUAUUUUGGGAACCCCAGCCGAAGAAGGUGGAGGUGGGAAAGCUAAACUGAUUGACGCUGGUGCUUUUCCCGUAGAAACUGCUGCAGCCAUCAUGGCACAUCCAACAUCUGGACAUCAGAUAUUCCACGAGCCUGGUGGGUUCAGCGGGCUUGCUGGGUUCAAGCUGAUUGCAAGCCACAAGUUUCGUACCGAAUUUAGGGGGAAGUCCGCACAUGCAGCUGGUGAGCCUUGGAACGGGGUGAAUGCCCUCGAUGCAGCUGUUGCGGCGUACAACAAUAUUGGGCUGUUGAGGCAACAGAUGGAGCCUGAUGAGCGCGUCCACGGCGUUAUUGAAGUUGGCGGUACCGUUCCGAACGUGAUCACGGACUAUACAAGGAUGAACUGGAACGUGCGAAGUCCAACGAUUGAAAGAGCAGACAGGUUACUCUUACGAGUGAAGGAUUGUAUCGAGGCGGGUGCAAAAGCGACCGGGUGCAAAUUGGAUUACAUUGCGUGAGUGUGCUCCACUUUGGCGUCCAUUCCUGGACUUGCUAAUACCGAUUAGCUCUCCAACUUAUCUCAACCUCCGCGCCAACAAGACACUGUGCGAGACAUAUGCUCGAGGCAUGGGUGCCAUAGGCUCGAGGGUGAUGAUCGAUCAGGAAAAACCAAUGAACGCAUCGACAGAUAUGGGGAACGUCUCUCAUGUUGUGCCUAGCUUUCAUGGGGCAUUUGUGAUUCCAGCCGCACCCGGUGUAUCGCUACACAAUGCAUCAUUUGCAGCCCGUGCUGGCACGGAUGGGGGCCAUCAAGAAGCCUUGAAAUGCGCGAAAGGAAUGGCGAUGCUGGCAGUGCGAGUAUUGAUGGACGAAGAUAUUGCGCGACGGGCCAGAGAGGAUUUUGAGC